AUGCAGACGCUGCCCAGUUUCACCUUUCUUGCCCUCGGCUUGUCCCUCCUUGCUCGAUAUGUCGCGGCGCAGACGACGAUUGGCGACAGAGAGAAGGAUCUCGCCUCCUCGCAGUUCAUCGGUUACUACAUCGCACCUGACUCCAUUCAGAAAAUGACCGCCUCCACAUCCUGGAUCACCUCCGGGACAUUCGCAGGAGAUUGCAACAGCGACUUCGAUUCCUGUGUCGUCGCGACAGAAUUUUCCAACGACACGAUCUAUUUCGGCGAUGGCUCGUCUACAUCGUGCGGCACUUUCAGUUGCGUUUCCAUGACCAUCUUCCAAACCUCUCCUGACGGGCUUCCCUCGGCGACAAAUAUAAAGUGCCGCCAGGGGUGGCGCGCCUACACUGUGUAUCGAGAGUUGGAGACACGUAAACUGACGGUUGCAUCCUUGGAAACAAGCAGCACUUUCGCCGAAAGCACCUCCAACGAGAGAGGCAUCGCCGAAGCCACGUCCUCCGAGACGACAUCUGCCACCUCGACCGGCGCGACAGCCUCUGCCGAGCCCACCUCCGAACCCAAGAAGUCCAAGAGCAAGGCGUGGAUUGCAGGCGCCGUAGUGGGAUCGAUCGCAGGACUUGCGGUCAUUUCAGGUGCGGGUUGGUUCUACAUGAGAAGCCAGAACCGAGCCAAAUCGGACCCCAUAGCUUCGACCUUGCAACCGCGCACGAAGGAGGAGCCACGGGUCGAGAUGCCUGGGCACUGA